CUUUGCUUGUAGAAAGAAGCUGCUUUUAUUCCUGUGUGUUUUUUUAUCCGCCGUUGUUUGUUGAUGAGAAUAAUAAAUAGGCUCUUAAUUAAAUAUCUGCAACAUUAAGUUCACUAUUAUUGUAACAAACCCUUCACAUCCGGUUGAACCAUCUGUAAAUCUGUAACUAUCAUCCAUAAUCUCUCUGUCCAUGCAGUGAUUCUGUUGAAAUUCUCUCUUUAUUUUAUCCUCAAGAAACCAUUAGUUACAUAUCCCCAUCCCAUCUUUGCUUUUUCCUUCCUGUCCUCUGCGCCUCCCGUGACUGGCGCUGACACUAAUCCGUACUUUGUAGUCCAAGCUGCUGUUUCUCGCCCUUUUUUCCACCCUAUUUUUUUUCUCCUUCUCUCUCCUCUCUCCUCUUCAUCUUCCUCCUCUUCUUCUUGUUCUGCUAUUCCCUCUUCUAUCCACCGCCCUCAAAUUCAUCCUCCUCCAACCAUUGCCCUUAUGUACUGGCUCUGACUGGGAACCUCCCCAAAGUCCCAGUCAAUUGUCCUCGUCUUGUUCCCUGCACUCCCUCUCUCCCCCUCGUACCCCGACCAAGCUUGGACCCCCCCCCCCCCCCCCCCCCCUCCCCUAAUUAAGUGCUCACAAACUACACCCAAAGAUCCCUCCAAUCCCCAUAACAUGGCAUCGAUGGAAGAGCCUUUGAUUCCGGCUGCUGAGCCCUCUUUGCCGGAAUCCUCAGUUGAUGAGACUGUGGCUACCUCUGCUCCCACCGAUGAAAAUGAGCCGCCCGCGGAAGAGCCUGCUGAACAGAUCCCCUCGAGCCCUGCUCCCGUAAAGGAGAGGACAACAAUUGCUGUAUCCCCCCGCCAGAAGACUGGCACAAGUGCUGCUCCCAAACGCCCUGGAACUGCUACCACUACCGCUACGAAACGUCCCGCUGGCUUUACAUCAACCGUCACUUCUAAGCUAGCCUCUGCCACUACGAGGGGAACCACUGGAAGCACCCUUAAUCGACCCCCCACCCGGCCCCCCGUGACGUCUACCACCGCUCGCAAGCCAGCAUCCACGGCUACUACUACUACAACCCAUAGACAACGUGCAUCUUUAGGCAGCUCCGCAGAUGAGAGAGGCAAAUCUAUCGCCAGUUCAGGGGAUGAAAGCAAACGGGCUGGCAUUUCAGCCACGGUGAAGAGGGCCUCUCUCACAAGUUCUGUGUCUUCUAGAGCACCCGCAAGAACUACUUCGGAACGUAGGUCAACAAUUACCCCAUCGUCCGCCGAAAAGAGACCUACAACAAGUCGUCCAUCCACCGCCCAAAGCCCUGCGAAGCCAACCACCACGACUACGCGGGUUUCUGCUACCGCUACUUCCAAGACAGUGGCGCCUACCACCACCUCGCGGACUACAAGACCGAUUUCCGGUACUGCUACGAAAUCUACGGCUUCUACAACUUCUGAGUCUAAGAGGCGAAUGAGUUCCUUGUCGACAACGAAAAAGCCGUCCAUUGACACCGGCAAACCGGUAGAGAAGAAGCUCAUUGCCAAGUCUGCCGCGUUACAGGAAAAGAUCAAGGAGUAUGAAGCCCUCCGUGAACUGCUGCAGGCAGCAAUUGCAGCGGAGGAAGCUGGCAACGACGAGAAACGCGAUGAGAUUCAGGGUGAGAUAGACGGUGAUAUCGCUCAGCUGAAGGGCAGCUUGGAUACUGUCAGGGAAGGCGAUGAGUCCACCGGCGCAAGCAAGCUUGCUGAGCUCCAAGCUCGACUUGCAGACAGCGAAGCUAAGGUGGCAGAACUCCAAUCACAGCUAGACGAUGUUCAAUCGAAAUUAUCCGAAGCCACCAAGCCAACGGAAGGAGAAGCAGAUAAAUUCUCCACUGCUACAGAUCUAAUCCGUUCUGAACAUGAAGCUAAAGUGCUCGAGCUCACGGAAACUCAUGUAGAGGAACUCAAUGCUCUGCAGGCGAAACUGGGCGAAUCAGAGUCACAGAGGUCGGAGGCGGAAUCUCGAUUUGUCCAAGAGCUUGAGGCUGCCAGACAGCUAGCGUCUCAGGAAGGUGCCUUGAAGAUAUCCGAAUUGCUCGAACAACAAAAGGAAACCCAUGCUGCUGUAGUAGCCGCCCUUGAAGCUGAUCUUGCUGCACAACGGGACACUUCUGCUGAGCUGACUGCCCAGAUUGUUACCCUGAAAGAGGAGCUGGCCACCCGUACCGCUAGCCUAGAAGAAGCUGCUAAGGCUGCUGCUGAAAAGGAGAAGGCUGCGCUUGAAACCCAUCAAGAUCAGGUGCUAAGGCUGGAAACGGAGCUGAAAGGCCGUGACGCUGUUAUCAAGAGUCUCAAGGACGAAGUGCAGACUAUCCAGGAUGCCAAGGAUCGGGAGUUGGCUGCUGCGAAUGAGGCUGCCGCGCACAUCACAGAACUUCAGGCCCAAGUUGACUCUUUCAAGGCCAAACUAUCACAACUCGAGUCUGAAAACGCAGAGGAUGCCACGCAAACUCUGGAAAAGCUUGCCGAAAAGGAAGAGGAGAUUGCAAAACUAAGCCAGGUCAUUGAGACGCUGCAGGAUGAGAUCAAGGAAGUGCAGCAGGCUAAAUCCGAAGAAUUGCUCAAACAAGCCGACUUAACCACUGCACAUGAGAAGGCUAUGGCUGCACUCCAAGCCGAGCAUGAUUCUGUCCUGGCUAGCGUAACGGCAGAACAUGCCGAGGAACUUUCCCAAGCUGUGGAAAAAUCUAAAACUGCCACCGACUCGCUCCAGCAGGAGCUGAAAGCGUUAACGGAGAAGUACGAUGCUGCUCAAGGCGAAGUUGCGAGCUCAAAGACCCAACUGGAGGAUAUAGCAAAGGGAGCCAGCGAGGCCCAUGCAGCCGAGCUACAAUCUCUACAGGAGAAACUAGACGCAACUGAAAAGGCGCUAGAAGAGGUCAAGCAGCAGGGUGAAGAAGCAAGCGCUGCCGAGAGGGAAUCCAAUUCCGCCAGCCUCCGGGAACUUGAGGGUAAAGUACGGACCUUGGAAGAGGAGCUCGCCAAAGGUAGCACUCGAAUCAAGGCUCUCGAUGACGAUCUUCAAGGCGAAAGGGCUCGGGUUGAAGGACUUCGCAAGGGUCUUGAGGCAUUCGAAGUAACUACUAAGGACAAGGAUGAGUACUACAAGUCUACCAUUUCAAGGCUGGAGGUCGCGGUCAACGAAACCAAUGAUUCCCUCAAGGAAAAGACUGAGCAGCUCGCUAGCUUCGAGGAGAAACAUACUGCUACACUUUCAGAGCUCACAGUCGCUCACAGCACAGAAAUUGAAGAUCUGAGAGCUGAGCUGUCCGGAUCGAACGACUCCGCUCUCAAAGAACUACGGGCCAGAUACAACGAGCUCGUCGCGUCGAACAUUGCCAACGACGCCACCCAUGCCACCCAGCUCGAAACCCUCAAAGCCGAACAUGCCACCGCCCUUCAGGAACUUGAAGCUAAACUCACACAGCAAUUUGAAGAUAACAAACUCAAGAUCCAGCAAGAUGCCGAGGGAUCGCAUGCGGAGAAACUUGCGGAAAUCGAAGCAGGCCAGACCAAGGCGAUUGAGGAGUUGCUUGGUGCGCACGAGGAGAAGUUGGCGAGUUUGAGGAGUGAGCAUGAAGCUGCGACGAAGGAGAAAUUGGCCGCGGUUGAGGAGGCGCAUGCUGCUGUCGUUGCGGAGUUGAAGAGGGAGUUAGAGAAGGCGAAGGAGGCUGCUGCUGCUUAUAUGACAGAGGUUGAGGGGUUGAAGGCACAGAUUGCAGCGUUGGGUGAGGAGCAUGCUUCGCAAAUUUCAAAGGCUCAGAAGGAAAAGCACGAGCUGGAAGAAUCACUUCAGACUUCCAUCUCCACCCUAAACAAGGAACUUGAGUCAGUCAAACAGGAAGCCUCUUCCCUACAGGAGCAACUUAAUGGACAGAACCAAGAACAUAGCCAAGCCUUGGCUGACCUUGAAGAAUUGAAAGCCGCUGCUGGUGAUUCAGAUGAGAAGAAGAGCACUGUUGAAGCCAAAUUUGCAGCCCUCGAGGAAGAUAUGAAUACUCUAAGCGAGAAAAACAUCACCCUUAUCCAACAACUACACGAAGCCGAAGCAUCCAUGUCCAAAGGCAGCCGACGUAUCCGGGAGCUGGAGUUCGAACUCGCCGAAUCGAGACUCAAGAAGCCAGAAUCGGCAAAUCUUUCCAACGGCUCGAACGCGAAAUCCUCCAGCGGACUAGAUGAUAGCAAAUGGGCAGUUAAGGAAGAUGACAUGCCUGCUGCGGGCGACGAGCAGGCCGAUACUGCCAAGGUACUGCCAGAAGACGCUGGUCCUACCACUACUGAAGAUGGCCAGCAUUCGGGAACAGCUCCGCCAGCUUGAGGAUGUAAACGAGGGCAUGUUCGACGAGAACGCUAGAAUUGUGGACAUGCUUUCCAAAGUCGGCCGGGAUCCUACACCGCCAACCCCAGGCACACCCACCCCAUCCAACAACGACAACAACAAGUUCAAACCCGUAACCGACGUGACCGUCGAAGCCGUUGAAGCCACCUCGUAAGCACACGUAUAUGAGAUCAAACAAAGAAAAGGAAAAAAAAAACCAAAAAAAAGAAAACAUAUAUCACUAUUCAUCACCAUGCACCGCACCGCAUCGCUCAUUCGCUACGGCUACAUAACUCUUCGCCCGUGCAUGAUAUGAUAUCCGUUUUUAUCAUCUCCUUUUCAUUCUCCCCCACCUCGCCCCGCCUCCUACAUCAACCUGGACCAUUAUUAUUAUUUCACUGCCAGAUGAGGCUGGCGGGGUAAUAUACACCCAAGCGGCCCCUUUCCCUUCAUGAUGGAUGAUGUUUGAAAACUAACUGUGUGAUGCGUGCAUAAUGGAUGAUGGGUGUGGAUUUUAUUUUCACUUUGAUUUUUAUUCAACUUAUUGCCUGUUUGAUGUUGCCUGGGGCGAAGGUGUAUUUUCUCCGAGAGCGGAUAAAUAUGUAUGAACGAAAACUAUUUUGUCAAUGUGUAUGCCCCUGUGCUUGUUUGCGCGGCAUCCAACCCCUAUAUUCUAGCUCUUUUUUUUUUCUUUUUUCUUUUUUUUUUUUUUCCAAACAGUCGUUGAUAUCCCAUAACCCCGUUUAUCUUUAUGUCCUCCAAAAUCUCCCGGCACCUUUUACACUUUUUGUACGUGUCGUUCACGGGUACAGUAAUUUCUAUUCCUCUUUCCCGCCGGCUUACCUCCCCUGUGUCUCUGUCACGGAUUUAUGUACCGGACAGAAAGACUCCGUUGCUGCUGUUGUUGAUGUUUAUUUUUGAGAUAUCUUCUUGUUCUUCUUUCUUCUCUUCUUUUUUUCCUUUUCCCCUUUUCCUUUUAUUUUCAUUUGUUUCCUAAAUGUUUCUUAAUCUCUAUUCCCCAUUUCCUGCUGAUAUUUUACCUUUUAAUUAAUUGUAUCUGAUUUAUUUUUUCCUUAUUUUUCCUAAUAUAUCUUCUAUGCUUUCUUAUUUACGACCAUCAAUUUUACUCUAUUGUUCCACUUACAUACUAGUUCCUGCUUCUACCUCUGCUUCUUCUUCUGCUUCUGCUUCAUUUUUGGAAUACCUCUUUGGUUUCUGCUUGUGUACAUGUGCUCUCGGCAAAUCCACGUCUUGGGAAGCGACAAAUCUAAAGCGCGUGCUUUUCUCUCCCCUCUACUGAAGUUUUUAGCAAGAUAACCCUGGCAAAUUGACGUAUUGGUUGGUUCGUGGGAGACGUGAAAUUGUUGCAAUUCAAUUCAAUCGAAAUUUACAGGCAGUUAAUUAAAAGAUGAGACAAGGGUUAGAAUAGAUGCUUGUAAAUCGAUCCUCUUCCUUCUCCCCCUUUUCAGAUCCCCCUGCCCUCUCGUCCCCUCUGUUAUUUACUCUCGGCUACCAAGCAUCUAUUCCGCGCCCAGUCAGGAGAUAAUCAAUCAAUAGUCGCGAUAAGACCGUGCCCCUGUUGCAAGAAAAAGAUGGUCGGUUCGCUU